AUGCGUCUCUCGCCGUCAUGGUACCAGUUCCUGGUCGGCGUUUUUGCGUCUCUUGGAUCAUUCCUGUACGGAUAUGAUCUGGGUGUUAUCGCUGCCGUGCUUGUCUGUGAAUCAUUUGAAAGCAAAUUCGAGGCAAAUGAUACCCAAACAGGAUUGAUCGUGUCUCUAUUCACCGCUGGCGCAUGUAUCGGUGCCGGACUUGCGGGUCCCAGUGGUGAUUACCUAGGAAGACGACGAACCAUUUCAUUGGGAUGUUUCAUCUUCACCCUGGGAGGUGGCCUUCAAACCGGUGCGGUAACAAUUGACUAUCUAUACAGUGGACGAUUCCUGGCCGGAUUAGGCGUCGGUUUCCUCACAAUGAUGAUUCCUCUCUACCAAGCAGAGAUCUGUCACCCCAGCAUCCGUGGUCGGGUUACUUCCUUGCAGCAAUUCAUGCUCGGUAUUGGAGCGCUUUGUGCUGGAUGGAUUGGAUAUGGAACGUACACCGGCUUUGCAGCAUCUGACUCUGCACAAUGGCGACUACCUCUCGGUUUGCAGAUUGCUCCUGCGGUGUUCUUGGGUGUUUUGAUCUCUUUCUUCCCCGAGUCGCCUCGCUGGCUCAUCGAUCACAAUCGCGCCGAAGAGGGAUUGCGCACAUUGGCCAAGCUCCAUGCUCAUGGAAACGAAAACGAUGCUUGGGUCCAGGCAGAGUUUGCUCAGAUUCAGGAGAGCAUCACGUUUGAGCAUGAGAACGAGGCAAAGUCUUAUCUCGAGUUGUUCACCAAUCGCUCCUCGUUCCGUCGACUGUUCCUCUGCUGUGCAUUGCAAGCUUCGGGACAGAUGACCGGUGUAUCCGCCAUUCAAUACUACUCACCCCAGAUCUACGGUCAAAUCGGUAUUUCCGACGAAGACACAUUGAAGUACCAGGCAAUCAACUCCAUCAUCGCAUUGUUCGGACAGUUCCUGUGCAUGAUGUACAUUGAUCGCUUCGGCCGACGCUGGACUCUAAUCGGCGGAAACCUGGGCAACUGUCUGACCUUCAUCAUUGCAACUGUGCUACUCGCACAGUUUCCUCCAUCAACCAACAACACCGGCGCUCAUUGGGGCUUUAUCAUCAUGACUUGGUUGUACAAUUUCUCCUUCUCCGCAACCUGUGGUCCUCUGUCCUGGAUUAUCCCCGCCGAAGUGUUCGACACUCGCACACGUGCCAAGGGUGUCUCGAUUGCCACUAUGACUUCGUUCGCUUUCAACACGAUGAUCGGUCAGGUCACGCCCAUUGCAAUGACGAAGAUUGGGUAUCGUUUCUAUAUCCUCUUUGUCGUUUGCAACUUCACCAAUGCCCUUUUCUUCUGGCUUUUGCUUCCUGAGACAAAGCGCGUGCCGCUCGAGGAAAUGAACCAGAUGUUCGUCAAUGCCCCUUGGAUCGUGCCUGGAACUCGCAAAGAAGAGUAUAUGACUCAUGAUCUGGAGCGGAAGGUUGAGGAGCAGGAAGUGAAGCAAAAUGCGAUGCAUGUUGAGUAG